AUGGAGAGGAGGCUGGUGGCAGCGGACGAUCCGCUUAAAACAGCCGAAGUCGAGAGGAAGGUGGCGGAGGCCGAGGAGUCGUACUUCAACGCCUCAGCCAUCCUUAAGGAGAGGGUCAAGGAAUUGACGCCGAGAGAGGACGUGGACGCGCCGCAGAUCGCCGUACAGGUGUCGAUGCCAUUUUCGCAGCACGAUGUGAAAAACACCUGGGGCGAAUUUGAUGGCGUCAUCACAAAGUGGCAGGGAUUCCGAGACAGAUUCCUGGCGGCCGUCCACGAGAACAAGAACAUCUCGCCUGCGUAUAAGUUCGCGUACUUAAAGGGCUCUUUAACGGGAAAGGCAGCUCGGACGCUGGGAGAGUGGCAGCUCACAGAGAGCAACUACGCUGAGGCAUGGCAGCGCCUCAACGACGUAUAUAGUCGACAAUACGCCACCUGUAGGGAGCUGCUUCGGCAGUUCUUCAGGCUACCAUCGCUGAUGGAGCAUCCGCGAGCUGCUGAGCUGGAAAGAAUGUCAAAUGUAACCCAUGAGACAAUGAGGCAGCUGAAGGCCCAGGGUAUCCCCACGGAAAGCUGGGAUAUGAUUGUGGUCCAGACGAGACGAGAGAGUUGCUAG